UGCUACAAAGACAAAGAAGUGUUUGAUGGAAAAACUCUCUCACUGUGACACCAAAACUAGCUAUGGAUUCCAUGACACAUUACGCCCUGCUAUACAGACCCUCGACUACAUCUGUCAAACCAUGCCAGCCCUGGGCUGUGUCACCUCCUUCCUCUGGAAGUCUGCCUCUUCUGUUCUCCUCACUGCAGAUUUAGCCAAGGUAGGCUCAGCGGUUCAAACCAUGAAGUUCUUCCGAGAUCAAAACAUGAGCAUACCUGACGCACAACAGGAGAAGAUGUGGAGAGAGAUGGGAGAUAAACUGAAUGGAUCAAGAAGUGAGGCCAUGACCAUGUUUGCUGGAUGGCUGGGAAGACUGACUGGGAAAGCUCCAGAGUGUAUGAAGAAAGAUGAUUACAUGCAUGGAAUGGAAGGUGUACUGACAAGUGUAUCUGGACUGAUCAAACUGACCAUGAUGGAAAGUGGGCUGGUUCAUCCAGAGAUGGACUUUGUUGAACAGGUAGAAAUGAUGAUCAGUAUGGAUGAUAAGGAUAGUGUGUUGUCUAUGGCCAUUGGUGCUAUAAAUAAAACACUGGUGGAACACAACAUGCGGCUGAACCACUCGUACCUGAUAAGAACCGCUGUCAAAGAAAUCGUACAGAUGGGGGAUAGUACCAAGAUGCUGCAGUUCUUUUAUGCCAAGAUGGCUAAGGGCAUGAUCAUGAAGACCAUGGAGAGGAUGGGUAUGAAGAUGAAGGAGGAUGAAGGUGCAGAGGAAGAAAUGGAGGAGGAGAUGCAGAAGUGGAUGGUUGAUGAGCUAGCAGACAAAGUCCGCGAGAUGAUGCCCGAUAUGACGAAGAUGAUGACCUCACCUGACUACCCUAUUGAAUACCUGUCAAAAUCAAUGGAGGUUAUGAAGAUGAAGAAAUGGUCUUCUUGCUCUGAGCUUGCUGAGGCAGCAAGGUGUAUGGAGAUGUAUACUCAUCUGAUCCCAGCUGAGUCUGGAGCCACUUUGAAUGUCACCAUGCAUGCACUAUUUACAGUUGCAGGAGCAGUUUGUGAACCUACCAAGUGCUUCCAGUGCAAUGGAAUGACAAAUAAUGAGCAAUGUAACCUACAAGGGGUCAUGACCUGUGAGCCAGGUCAAGGUUGUACAACCACAGUUGCUGAUGGAAAGAUCUACAAGGGUUGUUCUUAUCCUGUCGAUGAAUAUAAAGAUGACAGAAUGCACUUUAUGACUUGCAUGGAAAGCUGGUGUAACAAACCACUGAUGACUACACACAAAGAAAAAGACCCAAUGUGUCAGCCAUACAUGGCUAUACAAUGUGGAAUGGACCUUGUGCCAAGCCUUAUCCUCAACAGAACACCCAACAUGAGGGAUGUAUACAAGGCCUCGUGGUGUAUGGACUACCACACCUCUCGCUGUGCUCAUCGCAGCCACCAGGCUGCCAGUCAGCUAGGAUUCUUGAUCAAGCGUACAGCACUAGAGGGCGCUUGUUCUGGUGACCCGGGUCAGUACGAGUGUGGACUUCGCAGUGUUAUAGGACUGGCUACAGCCAUCAACAAACCGGCCAUCUCCCGCGCAGCUAUCUGCUAUGAAUUAAAUAACACUUUGACCAUGAUCAGGACUGCCCAGGCUCACAACAAAUGCUCCGAGUACGAUUCUAUAGCUGUGUACGACGGACUCAAAACCAUCAUGCAGAUUCUGGGUCAUGACUACUGUCCUGGAAUGAUGGCUCGAGAUAACGCGACCUGUGAGAUGAUGUCUCGAAUGAUGUUAGGUGACAACAAAGAAUCCAAGUGUGAAGUGGAAGAGAUUUCCCAGUGUGUGGAGGAACACAAAAUGUUACACAGUCUUGUCAUGAUGUCAGACAUGGAGAAGAUGGAGGCCACAAAGAAAGCCCGGCCAAGGGAUUAUGAUCAAGUCUGCAUGGAGCUAUUUUUAGCAUCACGCUGUAUGAGUUCCAAGGUCAGUGGAUGCAGUCAGACUAUUCAACAUCAAGUAAUGAGAAAUAUGACAAACAAGAUGGGAUUUUUCAUCAGACACUGCCCUAUCUCCAACAUGAUGCAUGAGAUGUGUAGUCCUAUACCCAUGCCUGAGCCUGUCUGUGAUAUUCCUUAUGCUAAAGCAGCUUGCUUUGGCAGGUUUAUCUCAGAAAGUGAAAUGUGCAGUGCAAACAGGUCAGACCUUAUGACCACUUUGGGUUGCAUUGCUAACCACACCUCAGGAUGUGCAGUAGCCCAGGGUGUACCUGUGUUUAAAAUGGUAUUUGAUGUCAUGGCCAGUGUGACCAUGAGAUGUGGUGCACUCAGCAGAGUUUUCCAGAAUAACCAGAACAUGUACAAGAUGACAGAGGAAAUGGUUGCAAAGAUGAUAAUGGAGUACAACAUAAUGCAGAAGAUGGACAAUGAGAGAGAUAACAAACCAAUGUCAGGCAUUCUCAACUCCAUGUUGAUGGCCAAGUACGCACAGAAGACCCAGAACAUGACAGCAGAGGUGGUGUUUGCUAGCUUGUCACCUGUACUACGUAAUGUAACAACAGAAAUGGAAAAUGCUGUACAACUUGCCUUAUUUGGAGAUGAGACAAUGGGUGUCGCAGUCUGUAACCUUGACUACAUAGCCAGCUUCAAGAGAGCCCUGAUGUACCCCGACUGGUUCAGGCCCUGUCUUCUGUGAAGCUCUUGCCGAGCUGACAUCUUGUCUGAGCCGACAGAAUCUCUCACCGGUGGCCCAGAGCAGCGUCAUGUCCAUGAUGAAUGAGAUGGCAGGUUACACAACAGAGGCCUGUAAGGGGUAUCCCGAGCAGGUGAUGUGGAAGGGCUGGAUGUUGUAUAACCUGACCCAGGGAAUGUCUAAGAUGCCUGCCUACACUCGACUUGAGGAGCUGUCCAAACACAUGGCUAAUGGCACUCAGGACAAAAUGAACUUGACUGCUAGGGAAGU